UCCACUUUUAGUCGAAAAUUGACAGCCUGUCAAAAUUAUUUCCUAAAAUGUGAUUGUUUAUUUUUAUUAUUACUAUACAAAUAAGGGGGCGUCAGUUGUGCCUUUUUUUAUUUACAGUUAGAGAGUGAAAUUUAAUUAUUUAAAAAUUUUUUUUUUAUUUAAAUCGCCAUUUCGUAUAUGCGGGUAAAAAGUGAAAAAUAUAAUCUAACCUAAAAGAAUCCUGUUUAUUGUUAUUCUUCUUUUGGAAAAAGAUAUUUUAACAAUUAGUGUUUUUAUAAAAAAAAAAAGAAAAAAUGAGUCCUGCAUUAUUGGACAAUGAAGACCGAUGUUUAGGUGGAAUGACAUUUUUUGCUCGUUGUCAUCCAAUUGAACUUUGUGGCAGCAAUGGACUUCCAUUGACACCAAAUUCAAUAACAAUUUAUGGAAAAUCACAAUUUUUAAAAACAAUUCAUCAUAAACAUUUGUCAACUUAUCUCGAUAUUAUUAGAAGUAAACAUGAAAGAACAGUCGUAGUGGCCGAAUGUAGCGGAAAAGCAUUGCACUAUAUGGAAAAUUUAUCAUUGGACAAUAUUAUAAAAAUUGCCUAUCAAUGUCUUUUGGGCCUAAAACAUAUGAAUAAAUUUGGAUUGGUUCAUCGCUAUUUGAGUCCUGAAAAUAUUUUAAUAAACAAAAAUGGUGAUGUACAAUUGUACAAUUUUGGAUUGUAUUACAUGACCGAUGGUGGAAAAAGCGUCUCAUUUCCAAUUGGUUAUCCAAAAUACACGGCACCUGAAGUAUUUCUUGGAUCAGGCGCAAGUGGAAUGAAAGUUGAUUCCUGGUCAUUGGGAAUAAUUAUCGCUGAACUUUUAUUGAGACAAACAAUUUGGCCUGGCGUUAAAUUGUCUCAAUGUUUGCGUAAAGUUUUAAGUCUCAUUCAUUGUAAAUCGAGUAUUUUCGAACGUUUAGCAAGGGAAAAUAAUUGUUACGACAUUUAUGCGGCUCUUCCCGAAAAUGUAAAGGAAUUUAUUGAAAAUUGUCUAAAAAUUCGUCCGUCAUCGCGUAAAAUUCCUGAGGAACUUUUGCAAUUGUCGAUAUUUGAGAAUUUAAUUGCAAUAGACAAGAAUUUCGAUGACGAUAAUGACAAUAAUGAAGCAUAUAGUAAAAUAAUAACAAGAAAAAUGGAUGAAUUAUAUUAUUUAUGGCAACUUGCUGGCGGUGAUAUAACAGUUGAAUUAAAAAAACAAGGAUUAAUACGAUCGAGAGCGCCAAUUCUUUCAAUUCCAAAUUUGGUGAUACUUUUGGGACACAUGUUUGGAAGAAGGGACACUGCGGGAUUAUUGGAUCUUCGAGUGGUAAAAGUUCCACUCGAUACUCUUCGUCAAAGAUUAUCUCACAUUCCAUUUAUUGCUAAUUAUCCAAGACUAACAAAUCAAAUGCACGUACAAGCGCAGGAUGACUUGACUGAUUCGGCUUCUCAGCUUCCGUUAAUAAUUCGCGAAAGGGACACGGAAUAUCAAUUUUAUAGAAUUGUUCUUUACGAUCGAUUGCUGCAGAUUUAUCCAAUUACGAGAAAUGCAAUAAGUCGAGAAGCGCACAAGGAUAUUCCUCCACCUGUUAGAGGUGCCGUUUGGGCGGCAUUACUCGAUGUUAUUGGAGAUAUUGAAAAUAAUUACGAGAGAAUCGAUAAAGAAACUCCAACUCACACCGAUCGACAGAUUGAAGUUGACAUUCCAAGAUGUCAUCAAUACAGUGAAUUACUUUCAUCCGGCACUGGACACGAAAAAUUACAAAGAUUAUUAAAAGCCUGGGUUCGUGAUAAUUCACACUAUGUUUAUUGGCAAGGACUCGAUUCAUUAACGGCGCCUUUUCUCUAUUUAAAUUUUAAUAACGAAGCUCGAGCCUUCGCAUGUCUCUCGGCAUUCAUUCCAAAAUAUCUUCAUAAAUUUUUUUUAAAAGACAAUUCAUUUGUGAUACAGGAAUAUCUUGGGAAAUUUUCACAAAUUAUUGCAUUUCACGAUCCACAAUUAGCAAAUCAUUUGAAAUCAAUUAAUUUUGUACCGGAAUUAUUUGCUAUUCCAUGGUUCUUAACAAUGUUUUCACAUGUAUUUCCACUACAUAAAAUUCUACAUCUUUGGGAUAAACUUUUAUUGGGCGAUUCAUCAUUUCCCCUUUUAGUUGGACUUGCAAUAUUAAAACAAUUACGUGAUUCUUUACUUAAUUCAGGCUUUAAUGAAUGUAUUUUAUUAUUCUCUGAUUUACCGGAAAUUGAUAUUGAAUUGUGUGUUAAAGAUUCAAUGACAAUGUAUCAAAAAACACCGACCAGCAUCACUUACAGAAAACAUCAAUUCGAUCAAUCUAAGUCAGCGAAUUGGAUUGAACCAGAAAUGGGAACAGAAAAAAUGCCACGAAUAAGUGUUGAGGAUUUUUUGAAAUUAUUAGAUGAGAAUCCGGAAAAAUUAAUUGUCGUCGAUAUUCGCAGUAAAACUCAAUUUGAACGAUCGUCAGUGAAGGGAAGUAUUAAUAUUCCAUUUACAAGUGUUCAAUUAUCGCAAACAAAUCUCGAAACACUUGGACCACAAACAAGACCAUUGGCGGAAAAUAAAGAACGUAUUGUCGUUAUAGUUAGUCCAAAUGAUCAAAAUAACGCUCUCUUUGCGGAAUUUUUAAUGAGUUGUCAAGUUCCUGGAAUUUGUUCUCUUCAGGGGGGAAUUUACGCUCUUCGAUCAAAAUCGCCAAAUAUUUUAAUUUCCUCUCGUGGAAAUUAGAUUUUUUUUUUACAAUAAUUUCAUUGAAUUGUAUAUAAAAAUUUCUAUUUUUUAUUACAAAUAUAUUUAUAUGAAAAUUAAUUAUAAUUAUAAAUUAUUACUAAUA